UUCCCUGUGUUCUCUUGUGCCUUACCCUCUCUCUCUCUCUCUCUCUCUCUCUCUCUCUGCACCUAUAAUCCAGUCCUCCAAGCUAAUGUGCAUGUACCGUCCAUGCGGGUCUCCCUUCUGACAGUCGACUGUAUCUCCCCCCACUGUCUGAUCCGAUCCAUCCACCUCUUUUGAGUUCAGACUUCAGAGUCUGGCACUUCUCUCGGCUGCAGCUUCCUGAGUGAGAUCAGCUCGUCUCGUUUGCUUUCUGACAAAGAGGGCUCUUUCUUCUUCUUCGACCCAUCACUUGUCCCGCUUCAGUUACUACAGCAGUUCAGAGGGGAGAACUCCCAAGUCUGAGCUUCAGUUUCAUAAGCCGACCAUGUCUAGCAGGAGGUCAAGAUCGAGACAAUCCGGGAGCUCCGGAAUCAGCGAUGACCAGAUCAUUGACCUCGUCUCCAAGCUGCAGCAACUCCUCCCCGAAAUCCGUAACCGCCGCUCCGACACGGUAUCAGCCGCAAAGGUGCUGCAGGAGACGUGCAACUACAUAAGAAGCUUGCACCGAGAGGUCGACGACCUGAGCGAGCGACUCUCCGAGCUGCUGGCCAACAGCGACAGCGCCCAAGCUGCCGUGAUCCGAAACCUGCUCAUGCAGCAGUAGACCCUAAGUUUUACAAUUACUUACGGAUUAAUUAGGAGUUCAUUUGCUGGUGGGCAUGGCUUUAAGUCCUCUAGAGGACAUUUUUGUGUCACCUUCCCUUCAGGUGUUGUCUGUUUUUCCCCCUGGUCUUUCCCUUUCGUCGAUCUCGGGCUCGUUUUCUAGGGUUUUCUGCUUCUUUUUUCUUUUUCUUUUUCUUUUUUUUUUUGCGUGCCACCAGAUUAGAAAGAGGCUUUCAUUAGCUGCAGACGUGUACUUCCUUCGAAAAAUCUGUGUUAAGCAGAUGUAAUAAACCGAUCGAGUUUGACCCAUGAACGUUUGCUGUUUGCUAUUGCUGUUCCUAGUGGAAAUUUAGUCGCCUGUCUUGGUGGGGACUGGGAAGCAUGGGUAUAACCUGUGUUUAUCUUCUUGUUGU